AUGGUUGUAACAGGUAGUGGCAUGGAAGGACAAGCCCCCUGGAUGAAGGGGAAGAAGAAGGAGAAAGAGACAGCUGCUUCUACAGUUGCUCCUCCUCCUCCCCCUAAACUGGUGGCUGCUGCACCACCUCCCUCCUUACUGCAUUCGCAGCCAGUGGACACUGCAAUCCUAUUCUGCAUUGUUGCUGCAGGAUUCAACACCAUCCUUGAUUCUGGAACUACCACCACUCUUGUCCAGGAUCACUCGUACUUCUGGUUGUAUUCUAUGGCUGAUGCAGUCACCGUUUGCACUGCUAAUCACAGUAGUUUGAGCACAUCAGGUCAUGGGGAUUGUGUUGCUAUUCUGACCAUAGGCAGCAACUAA